AUGGUGUUAACGCAGGCCAGUGAAAAUCACCUUGACACAUGCGACGCGCAAUUUGAAACUGACCAAGUUGAUUAUACCUAUCACGAUAUGGUUGGCUAUAAAAACAUUUGCAAUGAAUACCGCAAUAUAUUGCGACAUAAACUGGAGUCAGAGCUGCACACUUUCAUUCAAGAUCUAAAAUAUGCCCAAAAGUUUGCGGGCACAUUUAAAACACAACUAGCUGAUUGUUAUCGUGAGUGCACGGUGGCCGAGUACCAUGCUCAAAUUCAGUUAUAUACUGAAUAUCAGCGUUUAUACAGGGAGUCUACGGACAGAUAUGACCUCUAUUAUAGCGAUCAAACCGCUGGUAAUAUUAUGAACGAUAAUCUCAGCGCUGAUCUCAAGCAUACGAUUAACACGUUUUACCGAUCGCUCGUGAAAUGCAAGGAAUGGCUGGAGAGUUGUCUGCAUAGGUAUGGCGAGAGACUGGAUGAAGCAUAUGAUAGUGUCGGGUGUUUUCACCGCUGUAUUAACCCUAUGGUAAAGGUAUACCCGAAAGCGAUGGAGUAUAGGUUUAAGGGCAAGUUCUAUCCGGAGACCUUGAGCAAGUUUUAUCUGGAGACCUUGAUCCUCUUCAAGAUGUCCAUGUUGUUGAGGGAUGUGCAUCCAAUCGAGACUGUCAAGCAAAAGCCGAGUUCUGUAAUCCAGAAGGUGACUGUGUUGAGGGAUGUCGAGGCCCUAGUGAUUGUUCUACAUGUCCUACAUGUAGCCCAUUUGCUACAUGUGCUACAGACACAGGUCAAUGUUCAGUUGUUGAGAAUAGACACUAACAUGUUAUCUAAAAGGAACCUAGAUGGCAGUUCUAAUAACUUCCUAACACAGUUAAACCAAUUUCACAUGUAA